CAUACAACGAAUUAAACAUUGUUCGUUUAAUAAACAAUUUCUCUUAUAAUAACAAAACUAGCUUUUUCGCAUAGGACUUUUCCAUAAUUUACUUAAAAACAAGAAAUAAAUGAGGUUGUAUUAGACGCGUAUAUUUUGAGAAAGUGAGCAACGCAUGCAGGUAAUUUGCUGUCUCUGUCUAUAACAACUUUUAGUCCGAGUCCGCCUCUUCUCAUUCAAUUCAAAGCGGUAGAAGUACGAAUACGUUGUUUCCUUUCGAGUAUUACGCGACUUGUACUCGUUUUUUGAAGUGCAUUUUGAAAAUCGACAUUUUGCCAGUACGAAAUAGGCAACUUUUAGUGGUGUGUAAGUGUUUCGUGGCAAUUUUGGAUUCUUAGCUGGACUUUUACCUACAUCAUAACAGGACUUUUGACAGCAAGAUGUAGGCGCUCUGGAUAGAAGAAUUUAACACGAAACGAAGGUGGGUCUGUACAUUAUGAACCAAAGCAACAGCCAUCCACGUUAUACAAAACCAAUAUGACGCAAAGAGAUGAAGUACAAAAGUUUGAGCAGGGCCGCAUUAGGUUUCUGCAAGAGGAACGUCUUCACAUUCAAAAGAAGACUUUUACCAAAUGGAUGAACUCCUUCCUUCAAAAGGUACGAAUGGAAGUGGAAGAUCUCUUUACAGAUCUAGCAGAUGGCAAAAAGCUACUAAAAUUACUAGAAAUAAUUUCGGGUGAGAAACUUGCUAAACCAAAUAAUGGAAAGAUGCGGGUACAUAGAAUCGAAAAUGUUAAUAAAAGUUUAGCAUUUUUACACACUAAAGUACGCCUUGAAAGUAUAGGCGCCGAAGAUAUAGUUGACGGAAACCCCAGACUAAUUUUAGGUUUAAUUUGGACAAUUAUUUUAAGGUUUCAAAUUCAAGAAAUUGAAAUUGAUGUGGAUGAAGAAAAUGAAAGUUCUGAGAAGAAAUCUGCCAAAGAUGCCUUAUUGUUAUGGGCACAACGUAAAACACACGGUUACGCAAAUGUUAAUAUUACCGAUUUUACUAACUCGUGGCGUAGUGGCUUGGGAUUUAACGCACUGAUCCACGCACACCGACCCGAUUUAUUCGACUACAACAACUUAGUACCUAAUAAACACAUAGACAAUUUAAACCACGCAUUCGAUGUGGCGACUAAUGAACUAGGAAUACCUUCACUCUUAGAUGCCGAAGACGUUGAUAACACAAGACCGGAUGAGAAAAGUAUAAUGACUUAUGUUGCUUCCUAUUAUCACACAUUUGCAAGAAUGAAAAAUGAAGCUAAAAGUGGCAGGAGAAUUGCAAAGAUUAUAAACCAAAUGAUGGACGCUGACAAAAUGAAACUACUCUAUGACAAACUUGUGACAGCUUUGCUAGAAUGGAUUCGUAUUACAAUUACACGACUACAAGACCGCGAAUUUCCAAAUUCUCUGGAAGGAAUCCAAAGUCUCUUGCUGAGUUUUGGCCAUUAUAGAACACAAGAGAAACCUCCCAAAUACAAGGAGCGGAUAGAGAUUGAAGCUCUGUAUUUCCAAAUAAACACUCAACUCAAAGAACUACGACAACCAGCCUUCGUUCCAGUAGAUGGCAAACUGGUGCAGGACAUCGAGCGCGCAUGGGACAUGCUGGAGCGAGCCGAACAUAGUAGAGAAGUUGCCCUUCGUAGCGAAUUGAUGAGACAAGAACGACUCGAACAGCUAAAUUAUAAAUUCGAACGCAAAAGUGUUCUCAGAGAGGGCUACUUGAAAGAGAUGAUACAAGUUUUAUCCGAUCCCCGGUACGGUUCUAACCUAACUCAGGUAGAUGCCACCGUUAAGAAGCACGAAGCGAUAUCUGCCGACAUUCUAGCUCGAGAGGAGAGAUUCCACGAUCUGUCCCAAAUGUGCGAGGAGCUCGUGAACGAGAACUACCGCAAUUCCGAAAAGGUGAAGCUGAGAGAAAACGAGAUCUUGGAGAAAUGGAGGGAAUUAUUAAAGUUGUUGAAUCGUCACAAAACUAAUUUGGGGAAUAUGACGACAGUCGUGACGUUAUUGCGUGAAAUUGAUAGUACAUUGUCAACGAUAAACGUCUUGAAGGUGGAGUUAGGCUCUAUUGACACGGGAGUUCACCUGUACGCGGUCGAGGAACUUUUACACAAGCACGCUUUACAAGAGUUACAAGUGACCUCUCUGGGGGAAACCGAACGAAAACUUCAACGAUCUGGUGACCAGGCGGCCGCACAUAAUCCAAAAGAGGAGCAAAUAUUGAGAAACAAAUUGGCAGAUUUGGCAACAUCGUACAAAGAAUUGCAGAAAUGCAGCGCUAACAGAAAGGCACUUUUAGAAGAUGCGCGCAACUUCUAUCAAUUCUUACAAGAUCAAGAGGACGAAGAAGGGUGGCUGAUUGAAAAACAAAGAAUAUGCCAAGCUGAUAUAUCCGCAAAAGAUCUCAGGGGCGUUCUCAGCUUGCAACAGAAACAUAAAUCUUUGCAGGACGAGAUUAAAAGCAGGAAAAGCAAAUUUGACCAGUUAACUAACAUUGGAAAACAACUCAUUCAAGAAAAACAUUCCGGCGCCUCAGAAAUUCAAAAAAGAAUUAAUAAUACAAAGGAGGAAUGGGAGAAACUAGAAAGAUUAGUCAAAGAACGUACCAAACAGUUACAAGAUGCUGUUGCCGUGUAUCAAUUCUAUGCAGAUGCCAAUGAGGCUGACUCAUGGUUAAAUGACAAGACUUCAAUUUUGACGUCGACCGAUUAUGGUUCAGAUGAGCCUAGUGCGCAAGCGCUCCUACAAAGGCAUAAAGAUUUACAAGGCGAACUAAAUGCUUACAAAGGCGAUAUACAAAGUUUGAACAGCCAAGCCGAACGACUUGUCGCAGAUGGUAUUUCUAACUUGGAUCUAACGUCAGAGACUGAGGUAACGGAACCUGUGGAAGAAUGGAUACAAGAAACUAGACUGGUUCCAGUUGAAGUCUUUGAAGAGGAGGAGGUCGAGAGAAUAGAACACAAACCUCACACUGAAGAACGGCUACUUCCGCAGGUACGCGCAUUAUACCCCUUUUCGGGCCACGGAUUCAACAUGAGCAAGGGUGAAGUGAUGUUCUUAUUGCACCAAAGCAAUCCAGAUUGGUGGAGUGUUAGGCGAGCAGACGGGUCCGAUGGAUUCGCGCCCGCGAACUAUCUAGUGGAAAUCGAACCACGGAUAAUGCAUAUCCAGGUUCGUAAACCCGAGAAGGUAAAGGUCAAACAAAAGGUGAAGAAAACGAAGAUGGUACACCAGAAAGUACCCGUGAAGCUGAUGACGCAAAGUACUAAGAAGGGGAAAAGGAGUGUGGAUGAAAAUGAUAGUAUACCAAAGCGACAGAAGAAAAUCAAUGACACCUAUGGUGAACUGCAAAAAUUGGCAGCGCAUCGUCACACUCUCUUAGAGGAUGCCAUUCGCCUCUUCAGGUUUUACAGGGAAUGUGACGACUUCGAAAAGUGGAUUAAAGACAAGGAGAAGUUUUUAUUGAAUGACGAGGAGGGGGGUAACGUUGUGCAAGCCAAACGAAAAUUUGAGAAAUUUUUAACAGAUUUGUUUGCAAGUAAUAAGAGAAUAGAAUCACUCGAUAAUGAAGUAAAAGAGUUGGAUGCUCAAAACCACUCCCAAAUCGGCAAAGUGCGUGCGCACCACAAACAAGUACACUCUGCCUGGCAAAGGUUGAACAGGCUAAAGUCUGAGAAAGAAAGAAGUCUAGAAGGUGCAAGCAGUGUGGAACUUUUCCAAAGAACGUGCGAUGAAGCCAAAGAUUGGAUGUUGGAGAAAAUGAUGCAGCUUGAUAUUGCCGAGAUCGGUUCUGACCUUAAAACCGUACAAGCUUUGCAAAGACGCCAUCAGAACUUAGAGCGUGAAUUAGCGCCUGUCGAAGAAAAAGUAAAUAGAGUACAACUUUUAGCAAACUCUGUUAAAAAGGCACAUCCAAACGAGCGUGAUAAUAUCACCAAGCGAGAGGACGAAAUUAAAGAAUUAUGGCAGAAAGUUAAAGGUAAAGCUAAAGAACGCAGGAAUAGACUGGAAGAUGCAGUAGGUCACAAGAUCUUUGACAACAGCGCUCGAGCUCUACUUGGUUGGAUUUUUAAUGUAAAAGAGCAGCUGAAUGCGGACACAACGGCUAGAGACGUACAGACUGCCCAAAACCUUUUAAAAAACCACAAGGACUUACAACAAGAUAUAAAAGCGCAAGAAGACGAAUUCAGGGAAGUUACCAAUUUGGGACGACAGCUAUUAAAAUCCAAUCCAUCUUUAACUGACGUAGCCGAAAAGAUAGAAAGACUAGAUGCAGAAAAGGCUGCAAUAUUAAGAGGUUGGAAUGAAAAACAGAAAUGGCUGGAACAGUGUUUGCAGUUGCAAAUGUUUAACAAGGAAGCUGAUAAUAUAGACGCGGCAACGUCAAGUCAUCAGGCGUUACUCGAAUUCAAUGACCUUGGCGCAUCACUAGACGAAGUCGAGGCUCUUUUGAAACAACAUCGUGUAUUCGUCGGUACACUAAAUGCUUCAGAUGAACGCCUAGGUGCGUUUAGUAAUGGCGCAGACGCUCUUAUCGCCGCAGAGCAUUACGACAGUCAAGCGAUCAACGAUAAACGAAACCAUGUAAUACAACGACGACAAGCCGUCAAAGAUCUGAGUCAUGCGCGUACGAAUGCCUUGGAAGCGUCUAAAAAUUAUCAGGAAUUUUGUGCGGAGGUUAACGACUUACGCAAAUGGUUGGCGGAAAAAUUGAAGACUGCUUCGGACGAGAGCUAUCGAGAUCUUAGCAACCUGGAGCGUAAGCAUCAAAAGCACGAGGCGUUUGAACGGGAAUUGCGCGCAAACGAAGGCCAGCUACGUACUAUAAACAAAUUAGGGCAAGCGCUGAUUGCGCAAGACAGUUACAGAAAGGAGGACGUCGCUAAAACUCUACACGAUUUGAAUGACGAGUGGAAGCAUUUAGUCGGAAUUUCAUUGGAUAAGGGUCGGCGGCUGCGCGAGGCCGUUGCCCAGCAUGAUUACAACAGUGCGCUCGAAGAUGUGCAUAAUAAAUUAGAUGAGAUUGAUGGUCAGCUCAAAAAUGCCCAUUUGGGAACGGACUUGCGAUCCUGCCGUGAUCUUCUCAAGCGCCAUGAGCUCCUAGAGAGUGAUCUUAAUUUGUGCGGCGUGCGUAUUGACGACUUGGCGAAUCAGAGUGAGGAAAUGUCCCAGGACGGGCAUUUUAAUUCGGGUGCGCUACGUGAUAACGCCUUCAACGCUCAAAAACGGCUCAAAGAUCUCGAAAAACCAGUCACUUUGCGCAAGGAAGCUCUUCGAGAAGCCCUUAAAUUUCAUAUGUUUGCUUUUGUGUUGGAUAACGAAUUGCAGUGGAUUAAAGAACGUCUCCCGCUUGCAGCUUCUGAGAGUUUAGGUCAAAAUUUGUACGAUGCCCAGAUGUUUUACAAGAAACAUAAAAAGUUGGAAACCGAAAUCAUGGGACAUCAGCCAGUAAUUGACAAGGUUCUCGCAGAGGGUGAAACGCUAGUCGAUUUAAAUCAUCCACAAAAGAAAAAGAUACAAGAGUUGUGUAAUACACUGAUCGAAUCUUGGACAGACUUGAACGACAAAGCAACUAAGAGAACGGUUAAAUUGGAAUUAUCAUUGAAAGCGCAACAAUUCUUUUUCGAUGCCAAUGAGGUCGAAUCGUGGUUAAACGAAAAAAGUGAUAUCCUAUCCAAUACAGACUAUGGCCGUGACAGAGAUUCUUCCACAAAAUUACUUACCAAACACAAAGCGCUUGAACUGGAAUUGGAUACAUACAACAGUAUUAUUGCGGAAAUGGGUCGUAGUGCCCAAGGUCUCAUUAUGUCGGGUCAUCCCGAAUCGAAAGCGAUAGCUGAACGGCAAGCCACUCUAGAGCACCUGGUGAGAUCGCUGCAACGUCGUGCCGCCGCCCGUCAACACCGACUGAUGGAGUCUCUUUUCCGGCACGAAUAUUUCUUAGAAUCGGGAGAUCUAGAACGAUGGAUCAUGGAGAAGUUACAGCAGGCCACUUCUGAAGACUACGGAUUGGAUUAUGAGCACUUAAUUAUUUUGCAAGCCAAGUUUGAUGAUUUUAAGCAUCGUGUGGAAGCAGGAAGCGAAAGAUUUAAUCAAUGUGAAGAUUUGGCGCAGAAGUUGAUUGUGAACGAAAGUCCGUACAAAUCUGAUAUAGAGAGCAAGCAAUCACAGUUAGAAAUUGCGGAACAAUCAGAUGUGGUGGAGGAAGUAAAAGCUCGUCACUUGGAUAUAUGUGAGAAAUGGCAGAAACUUCGUGAACAAAUAGCAAGUCGAGAUAAGCGACUUCAUGCCGCUGGAGAAAUACAUCGCUUCCACAGGGAUGUUGCCGACGCUCUUUCCAGAAUACACGAGAAGAAUGCCGCAUUAGGUACCGAACUUGGGCGCGAUCUCAAUUCUGCUCUGACGCUGUUACGUAAACAAGAGGCAUUUGAAAAUGAAUUGGUAGCGCUAGAGGCACAACUUCAAGUUCUUGUUGACGAUGGCGCCCGAUUGCAAAUAUCGUAUCCCAGUAACAAAACGCAGAUUCAACAGCAGCAGGAAGUUGUUGUGACUGCGUGGCAUGGUCUUAAAGAGCGUGCGGACUUGCGGCGCGAUCAACUACAAGCUAGUGUAGAUUUGCAGAAGUUCCUUUCUCAAGCUAGAGAUUUGACAAGUUGGUCUUCAGGGAUUCGACUGGCAAUGGGUACGGAUGUAAACGUGAAGGAUUUGGCUAGCGCCCAAGCACUUAAAAUUGAACAUGAAUCAUUAAAAAGUGAAAUUGAAGCACGUGAAGACACCUUUCAGGCUGUAGCCGAUAUGAGUACUGCUAUGGAGCAAACAGGUCACUAUGCUUUCAGUGAAGCAGUUGAACGGUGCACGGCUUUAUUCCAAGAACGCGAGAAGUUACACACGGCAUGGCAAUUAAAGAAAAUCCAUCUUGAUCAGUUAAUUGAUUUACUGUUCUUCUUACGAGAAACAAAACAAAUUGAAAAUAUAUGUAACACCCAAGAAGCUGCUUUAGGUAACACCGAUUUUGGGGAAACUGUUGAUGAGGUCGACAGGCAGUUGAAAAAGCACGACGCUUUCGAAAAACUAUUCAACUCUCAAGAGGAACGUAUUGAUCAUUUGUUAAAAUCUGCAGACAAAUUAAUUUCUCAAAAGCACUUUGAAAGUGCCCAGAUAGCCACUUCAGUUGCUGAAGUUCAACAAAAGCGUUUACAUUUGCGCCAUCUUUGUGUGCAAAGGCGCCAUCAACUCGAGAACGCUUUGCUUUACGCGCAGUUUGUGAGAGAUGUUGUGGAUGCUCAAGUGUGGAUAGCGGAGAAAGCGAAGAAACUGCAAUCUGAGAUUAAAACUGGUGAGGUUAGCAAUCUGGAGGAAAAAAUGAAAGAGCUUCAGAAACAUCAAGCGUUUCAAGCGGAAAUUGGCGCAAACGAGAGCCGAAUGACGGAAAUUCACGAGAAAGGCAAAAUUUUAAUUGCAAAACGUCACAAAGCAUCCAGUGAUAUUAAACAACAACUUGCCAAUCUUGAAAGUGCAUGGAAGCUGUUGGUACACGAAGUCAAUUUGCGAGGAAAGGGUUUGGAGGAGGCUCAAGACAUUUUAGAAUUCAAUAACCAAUUGGACAAAUUAGAUGCUUGGAUCCGCGAUAAAGAGGUAAUGGUGCAAGCUGGCGAUACUGGAAGAGAUUUUGAACAUUGUCAAGCACUGCAGCGGAAAUUAGAUGAUGUCGAUAGCGAUAUGAGGGUUGAUGAUGCAAGAAUCAGAAACAUCAACUUCUUGGCCGACAAGUUAAUUCAUCAGGGACACUCGGGCGUAAAACCUAGACGUGAUGGUUUUAUGGCUAAGUGGCAGAAUUUGCAAGGCGCACUAAGCCAGUAUCGUGAAAAGCUGGCGGGCGCGUUAGAAGUACACUUAUUUAAUAGAGACGUGGACGACACCUCGGAAAGAAUUAGCGAAAAGGCACACGCAAUGGAUAGUGAGGAUGUAGGUAAAAAUUUGCAUCUUGUCGAAGCUUUGCAACGCAAACUAGAAGCGUUGGAAAUGGAAAUGACUGCUGUUGAAAGUAAACUGAACGAACAUGGUAGAGAUGCAUUCGAAUUGAGUGACAAAUACCCGCAUAGCGCCAAACACAUUUCAAGUAAAUUAACGGCAGUACAAGACGAAUGGAAUAAGUUGUGUCUUUCAAAAAAUAAAAGGCGUUCAAAUUUGGAGAGGGCGUACACGAAGCAAAAGUUUUUGUCUGAUCUUAAGGAUUUGGAGUUGUGGACCGAUGAAAAUAUCAAAUCAAUGGAGGACACAAAUAAACCGAAAAGCAUAUCGGAAGCAGAAGCUCUCAUAGAGCUACACAACGAAAAGAAGGCCGAGAUUGAUGGACGCCAGGAGGUCUUUGAGCAUUUACACAAUUUUGGCAAGAGUAUUAAAGACGAAGAUUCAGAAAUAGAGGAAGCCUUGGAAAGACUGCAGAAAUUAAAAAAGCUACUGACGAGCAAAUGGAUGAAGCACAAAGAGGAUUUAACUCACGAAUACCAACUGCAAGAAUUCAAAGAGCAAGGUGACCAGUUGGAGUCAUGGCUAGCAACGAAAGAGGCAUUUUUAAACAAUGACGAUUUAGGUGAGAGUACAAGAGCUGUCGAAACGCUAAUGAGAAAGCAUCAAGAUUUUGAAAAAAUGUUGAAUCAGCAAAUGAAUCGAGUUACCGAUCUACAAGAAGUAGCGAAGAUUAUAUUGUCAGACACUCGGUAUGAUAAUCAAGAGGUUAAACAUAGACUGCAGGCAAUAUUAGAACGACAAGAUCGUUUGCUCGAGAGCUCUAAGAUCCGUAAACAAAAGCUCACAGAGUCUCAAGAUUUGUACGAGUUUAGGAAGAAUAUUUACGAGGUCGAAAAUUGGUUGACUCAGAAAAUACAAAUCGCUGGUGAUGAAAAUUAUCGAGAUCCUAGCAAUUUGCAAAGUAAAAUACAAAAGCAUUCCACAUUUGAAGCAGAAAUACUAGCAAAUCAGAAUCGAGUGCAAGCUGUUAUUGUAGAGGGCCAAGGUCUGAUCACCGCCAAACACUUCGCCGCAGAGGAAAUUCAAAAUCGGCUCGAAGAUUUAGAAAACGAUUGGAAGCAUUUAAGUGAACUGUCGCAGCUUAAACGUGAACGUCUUAAUGACGCAUAUCAAGCUUUGCUGUUCGAUAGAUCCUUGGAUGAAUUCAUAACGUGGCUCGAUGAAGUUGAAGGCCAGCUGAAAUCCGCCGAUUACGGAAGAGAUCUAUCUUCUGUGAAUAAUUUACUCAAAAGACACGCGGUGCUCGAAAACGAUAUUCAUCAGCAUUCCGAAAAUUGCGAAAUUAUAAACGAGACGGCGGAAGACUUUUUGCGAAAUAAGCAUUUCAGAGGGGAAGAGCUACAUGAAAAUGCUCAGCAGGCGAUAACCCGUUUUCACCAAUUACAUGGACCUUCGCAAGCUAAGAGAGAUCUGUUAGAGGCGUCUUCCAUGUUGCAUCAAUUCACCCGAGACGUGGAGGAUGAACUUCUAUGGCUUGCCGAAAGGGAACUGAUAGCUGCUUCAACGGAUUUGGGGAAUAGUUUAACAGCCGUACAGAGUUUGCAGAAGAAGCAUCAGGUGUUGGAAACUGAAUUACUGUCAAGAGAGCCUGUGGUCACUGCACUAGUUGCGCGCGGUACACAUUUGUCAAGACCUGGACAUGAUUCGUUGGCAAUCACAGAAAAAGCAAAUAAUUUGAAGAACAAACUGAGGCAUGUGCGUGACCUUGCCAGCUUACGAAAAUUAAGGUUACAAGAUGCCCUAGAAUCACAGAUG